GUCACUGUCGUGUUGAAUGGUGCGUAUUAUCUGUGCAAGUGAAUACGUAUGUACUUUUUAAGGAGUGGUCGCAUUCAGUAACAAAUUAAUUAAUCAAUCGAAAAACACUUAAUAAAUAUUAGUGAAGUUUAGUGAAGUUUCAUAUUUUAAAAAUUCAUAUUAUUCCAUCGAUACUUUUUAUCCUAGAUAAGUAACAUAUACGUUUUUAACUUUAAACUGGCCACAAUGGGUAAUUUUAUACCCUCAAAUCCUCCCAGAGAAGUACGCUAUGCAUGUGACUACGGCUGUGGUUGUGCAGAUUGUGAUCCAUACGUGUACGAUAAUUCUCCCGGAAUGAACACAACACAAUCAUACGGUUUUACCGAUUAUUCACCCGAUCCAGUAAGAGGAUCAUAUAAUUCCAGCACUUAUGUUGCAUCAAGAACUCCAAGCUCAAGAUCAAUACCGACCGCGUCUCGAUCUUCUGUCAAAACAGGAUCGCUGUCUUGGUCGGAACCAAGACCCCAACCGCAAAUUAUACCCUCCUCACUAGCUUACACAACCAGUAGACCCUCAAUUUCUACUAAUUGUGGUGCUCCUGCAAGAACUCAACUUCAACCACAAACAUCGCUUAGAAGUCCAGUGUCGCCAUCCAAUCCAAUUCGAUCAGCAACAUCGUCAACAGAUCGCCGAAUUAUAGAUACAAACUGGAUCAUGUUACCAUCAACAUCAUGGUCAAUUCCAGCUGUUCAACCUUCUUCAGUCUAUCCAACAGCACCAAAUGUUAAUCGACCAUCUACUUCGACAAACGUACCUAAAUCUCUAAAAAUUUCGUCCACAACAAAGGAAACUUGGCCAUCCUUCCUAUUCGAAGAAUCAGUGGAUGAAGUUUCUAACAGGUUGGAGUGUAGCAUAUAAUGAGGGAUCAUCUCGAAAUCUUCUCGCGGAAAAGUUGGUGGUUCAAGAAAGGAGCAAAUUAGAGAUGAAGGAACAACAGCAAAAAUUGCUGGACAAUGUGGACAAGUUGAGGAUAACUAAAAAGGAGGUUGGUGUGCUUGGAGCGGACGACCAUACCCGCUCUAAAAUUUUGGAGCGGUUCCGACAGGCGGCGCCAGGGAUACAGGAGAUAUCCCCCGCAACCGCCGUCCUGCUUGGCGCCCCGCUUACUGACGAGGCCAUCGAGUCGGUGGUGGGGACAAAGACCGACCAACUUGCCAAACUGGGCGCCCGACUCCUUGAACUCUCCUCCCACUCUGCGUUUUUCCCCCUUCGGGCGUCCAUCUCUACACCCCGCCUUAUUUAUUUUUUGCGGUGUGCCCCGACUUGGCGGAGAUUCGACGCCCUCACUCUUUAUGACGCCAAACUAAAGGAGUCAAUGGAGGGGAUCCUCAACUGCUCACUUUCCCCGCAAUCUUGGCUUCAGUCCUCCCUUCCCGUCGGCGAUGGCGGCUUGGGGGUUAGGCACGCUGUAGACGUGGCGAUUCCGUGUUUUCUCGCGUCCGCUUACAGUGUCCUCCCCCUUGUAGAACGCCUACUCCCGCCAUACCUCCAUGGCACCGUCACCGCAUUGCAAGAAGGAGAAGAGGGAUGGAAUCCAAUGGGACCCGCAGAAUUUCCCCCGCCGGAAGUUAGAGGUUUUCAGGCCUCGUGGGAGGUGCCUCAGCAAGAGGCCGCUAUCAACCACCUCAGAAAUAGAGCAUCUACUCCAGAGGAUAAAGCUCGUCUCCUUGCCAUGGGACAACUGCAUGUGGGGGCGUGGCUCAAUGCCGUACCUUCGCCACAACUUGGGACGCUACUCCCAAAUGAGACGUUUCGCAUCGCUUGUGCCCUCCGUCUUGGAUGCGACGUCUGCCACUCCCAUAAAUGUCCAUGCGGAGCUAUGGUCACAUCAAAAGGCUACCAUGGCCUGAGCUGCAAAAGUAUUGCGGGGCGUCAUUCCCGCCAUGCCGCAGCAAAUGACGUGAUUUGGAGAGCUCUUCGUUCCUCCGGAGCCCCCACCAUUAAAGAGCCAGCCGGUUGUUCCCGGCCAGACGGGAAGCGCCCUGACGGACUGACAUUGGUUCCAUGGGCAAGAGGGCGGCCCCUGGUAUGGGACUUUACGUGUGUCGACACUUUUGCACCGUCUUACCUCCCCCAAACCUGUGUUCAUCCUGGUGCGGCAGCCGAGAGGGCGGAGGACAGGAAGACAAAAAGGUACGAAGACCUUCGAAGACCUUCUGGACAGAUUCCUCUUUGUUCCCGUAGCCGUUGAAACAACUGGAGUAUGGGGCAAGGAGGGCUUGUCCCUUACCAAAGAAAUAGGGACAAGGAUCACAGCCCUCACGGACGAGAAGAGGGCAACGAAUUUUCUCAUCCAAAGAAUUAGUAUUGCAGUUCAACGCGGAAAUGUGGCCGCGAUUUUAGGAUCUCUGCCAGCAGGACGAGAGCUGGAUGAGGUUUUUUAUCUUUAGGACGACAACAAUUAGAGGAAUUUUUUUGAAUAUUCAGAUAGGGAAAUUUAUGUACGGCGCUGGUCGUUUAGCUUUUUCGAAAUAAAUGUAUGUAAAAUGAACAUGGAAAGAACAAUAAUAAUUUACGGUACGUAUUUAUUAGUUUGUGUUGACUUAUAUAAGUACAUAUUUAUGUAGGAAAAUAUGAUAAUCAAAGUAACCUGUUCAAACUUAUGUAUGUGGAUGAUCGUAAUAAAUAAAUAUCAAAACCGGC